CACGAUGGCAGGUGGCGAGACGAGGAGCAGAACAAAACCGCAUCAAUCGCCUCUCCUCUCUCGUCUCCGCAGACUCCAAUCCUCCUCCGCCAUUGCUCAUCCUUCCGUCCUCCCUCCCACCUUCCGCGCUCACCUACUAGGGUUAGGGUUUCCUCUUCCCGGGUCGGGAAGAUGGGGCAGCAAACGCUCAUCUACAGCUUCGUCGCCCGGGGCACCGUCAUCUUGGUCGAGUACACCGCCUUCACAGGGAACUUCACCUCCGUCGCCUCCCAAUGCCUCCAGAAGCUCCCUUCCUCCAACAACAGGUUCACCUACAACUGCGACGGCCACACCUUCAAUUACCUCGUCGAGAAUGGAUUCACAUACUGUGUAGUUGCUGUUGAGUCAGCUGGCAAACAAACUCCCAUGGCCUUGCUGGAGAGGGUUAAGGAGGACUUCAGUAAAAAAUAUGGAGCAAAAGCAGCAACCGCCACAGCCAAUGGCCUAAACCGAGAAUUCAAGUCAAAGCUUAAAGAGCACAUGCAAUUCUGUAUUGAUCACCCCGAAGAGAUAAACAAGAUAGCCAAAGUGAAAGCUCAAGUUUCUGAAGUAAAAGGAGUCAUGAUGGAGAACAUUGAGAAGGUUCUUGAGCGGGGUGAGAAAAUUGAACUUCUCGUCGACAAAACUGAAGAUCUUCGCUCCCAGGCACAAGAUUUCAGGCAACAAGGCACAAAGCUGAAAAGGAAAAUGUGGGUAGACAAUAUGAAGAUAAAGUUGGCUGUUUUCGGCAUCAUCGGUCUCCUUAUUCUGCUCAUAAUCUUAUCAAUUUGCCCUGGCUUCAGAUGCUUCUGAUGUGAUCGAUUGCUACACCAACUAUUUGUUUUGGAUGUAUUGACUUCAUUCCAUUCAUUUAUUCUUUGAUAUUGAUUCUACUGCCUUUACAUGUUGCGAAGUGUAUAGAUUC